UCUCCCUGGCCCGCCCGGGCCGCUCCCGCUCCCGGCGGCCCCGCUCACCACGUGCCGCCGCCACCGCCGCAGCCACCGCCCGCUCCGUCGCGCUCCUUCGCCAUCAUCGCCGCGCGCCGCGUCCGGGAGUGACGCGCGGGCUCCGGUACCGCCAGCAUGGAGGAGGCGGGGGCCGCCCCCGCCCCGGCGCUCGCCGAGCUGCGGGCGGACGAAUGUUAUGCUGACUUCUUCAGAGAAGACUUUGAUGUGAAAGCUUACACUUCCCAAUCCAUCCAUCAGGCUGUGAUAGCUGAGCAGCUGGCCAAACUUGCUCAAGGUAUUAGUCAGUUGGAUAAAGAGCUGCAUUUACAAGUUGUUGCAAGACAUGAAGAUCUGUUGGCCCAAGCAACUGGAAUUGAAUCCCUGGAAGGUGUCCUCCAAAUGAUGCAAACUAGAAUUGGUGCUCUACAAAGCACUGUUGAUAGAAUUAGAGUCAAAAUUGUUGACCCCUACAACAAAAUAGUGUCUCGCACAGCUCAGCUAGCAAAACUUCAAGCUGCCUGUGACUUGCUGCGGAGGAUCAUACGCAUCUUGUAUCUCAGUAAGAGACUUCAAGGACAACUGCAAGGAGGAAGCAGAGAGAUAACAAAAGCUGCCCAGAGUCUCAAUGAACUUGAUUAUCUUUCUCAAGGGAUAGAUCUGUCUGGAAUAGAAGUGAUUGAAAAUGAUCUGCUUUUUAUUGCAAGAGCUCGUCUUGAGGUGGAAAACCAGGCUAAAAGGUUGCUUGAGCAAGGUGUGGAGACUCAGAAUCCUACUCAAGUGGGAACUGCUCUUCAGGUUUUCCAUAAUCUUGGGACUUUGAAGGAUACCAUUGCUAAUGUGGUGGAUGGAUACUGCACAGUGCUGGAAGAGAACAUAAAAAAUGCUUUGGAUAUCAAAGUGUUGACCCAACCAUCUCAAACAGCUGCAAGAGGUGGCCCUGGUCGAGCUGCUAUGCCAACACCUGGGAACACAGCAGCUUUUCGAGCAGCCCUCUGGACAAACAUGGAGAAACUCAUGGAUCAGAUCUGUGCUGCUUGUGGACAGGUGCAGCAUUUGCAGAAAGUAUUGGCAAAGAAAAGAGAUCCUGUGUCACAUGUCUGCUUCAUAGAGGAGAUAGUUAAGGAUGGCCAAUCUGAUAUUUUGUACAAAUUUUGGACUGCAGUAACCCAGACACUUUCCUCUCAGUUUCAGUCAGCAACAGACUCCUCUAUGUUUUUGAAACAAGCAUUUGAAGGAGAAUACCCUAAAUUACUGAGGCUUUAUAAUGACUUGUGGAAGCGCCUCCAACAAUAUAGUCAAAAUAUUCAGAGGAAUUUUAACACAAGUGCAACUACUGAUCUUUUUGCUGAGCUACAACAAAUGGAAGAAGAUGCACAGGACAUAUUCAUGCAAAAAAAUGGAGAUUAUGAUCCAGAAAAGGCCUUGAAAGAUUCACUGCAACAAUAUGAAGCUGCCUAUUUGUCAAAAUCCUUGUCUCGACUGUUUGACCCCAUCAAUCUCGUCUUUCCUCCUGGAGGUCGGAAUCCUCCCUCCUCUGACGAGCUUGACAGCAUCAUUAAAACUAUAGCCAGUGAGCUAAACGUGGCUGCUGUUGAUCCAGACCUGAGUUUAGCUGUGGCCAAAAAUGUGGCGAAGACCAUUCAGCUUUUUGGUGUAAAAUCAGAACAGCUUCUGUCCACUCAAGGAGAUGCCAGCCAGGUGAUCGGGCCACUGACAGAGGGCCAGAGGAGGAAUGUGGCUGUGGUCAAUUCUCUGUACAAACUGCACCAGGCUGUUCUUAAGGUUAUUACCAGUCAGAGCUCAUUUCCAGCAGCUGCUGAGCAAACUGUCACAACUGCCUUAAAGGCAGUCCAUGAUCUAAUGGGAAGUGCUGUUCAGCCGCUACUGAACUCUGUAGGAGAUUCAGUGGAAGCUAUUAUCAUCACUAUGCACCAGGAAGAUUUUUCUGGAUCAUUAUCCAGCUCAGGAAAACCAGAUGUCCCUUGUUCUCUCUACAUGAAAGAGCUUCAGGGUUUCAUAGCAAGAGUCAUGAGUGACUACUUCAGGCAUUUUGAGUGUUUUGACUUUGUCUUUGAUAACACUGAAGCCAUGGCUCAGAGAGCGAUUGAGCUUUUCAUUCGCCAUGCCAGUCUGAUCAGGCCUCUCGGAGAAGGUGGGAAGAUGCGCCUGGCAGCGGAUUUUGCACAGAUGGAGUUGGCAGUAGCCCCGCUGUGUCGGCGAGUCUCUGACUUGGGCAAGUCCUACAGACAGCUGAGGUCAUUCAGACCACUGCUGUUCCAGACCAGUGAGCAUAUUGCCAGUAGCCCAGCUCUGGGAGAGGUUAUUCCAUUCAGCAUUAUUCUUCAGUUCUUAUUUACAAGAGCACCACCAGAGCUAAAAUCACCCUUCCAGAGGGCUGAGUGGUCCAUUGCCCGCUACUCCCAGUGGCUCGAUGAUCAUCCAUCUGAGAAAGACAGGCUUGCUCUCAUACGUGGUGCACUGGAAGCUUAUGUUCAAUCAGUGAGAACAAGAGAGGGAAAGGAGUUUGCACCAGUCUAUCCCAUAAUGGUUCAGCUGCUGCAGAAAGCCAUGUCAACCCUUCAGUGAGCACACCUGGAUGGACAAGGCUGUCACACCAGGGAGUUGAUGGUAACACAGCUGGGGGCUUUGGUGCCACAUGGGUACUCACUGUUCAUGUAAAUUAUCCCCGAGUACAUCAGCUUUACAGUGAAACCUUUACCUACUUUAUGUCUGAAACUUCUGUCUUCUUGCUUUAUGUUCACAUCACAGGAACUUACUUAUACAGAAAUAUUACAAGGAAAUUGUACAACUUUUAUGUGGUGUAAGUCUACAUCUAAUUGAAACAUUCUUAAGCAUUCCUUUUGAAUUUAGAACAGUAUAAAAUUAGAACUCAAAUAUUACAGUGUAAUUGCUGAAUAUCUCAAAUAAGGAAGCAGCUCUUUUCCUACAAGUAGAGUUUUAAACAGUUGAAUACAUUUUAGCCGUAUUCAGAAAAUUGUACUUUUGAAAUGUUUGAAUCAUCAGUUUCCAUCUAAAAAUCACUAAUUUUAACACAAGGAAAAAUAUUUAUAACUAACCUAAAUGCUUCUCUAUUGCACUGCUAUUUGCUUAGAAAUAAUUUAUAUUGAUUUCAACUCUUCUUGCUUAAACUGUAAUAAAGAACAUUAACUAUCCAAUCCUGAAAAUA